UGCACGUCAACCGGAGAACAUGAUGCCUCUUUGCAAGUCAACUCGUGUGUUCUCUAGCCGAUAGAGGUGCCUCAAGCCGAAAUAUUAUAGCUCUAUUGUAUUGGAGAACGUGGUGUGACAGCCCGCGGGCUCAGCAAAUGGCCAGCGUCGUAUCGCCACACUAGCGGAGAGUGUCGCCACAGUGGCGUUCAAGCUGGCAGGGCGACACAGAAAUCAACUUUGUGUAUUUUUAAUGGACACGCUUCGAGCGGCGGCAGCGGCAGCGGCAGCAACAGCGGCGGCGGUAACGGCGGGCGGUUUGUUUUCCUUUCGUCUUUAUCUCGAGCUGCUCAAGUAAGCCCGAGUCUGCCCCUCGUGUGUCCCCGCACGUCUGGCUACCUCCUACUCUUCCACAAACAGUCCCAUUUUAGAACAGCAUGGUCAUGGCUGACAGUGUCCAAAAACCGCUGAUCCGGGGUCCGGUCCGAGUGGGCUUCUACGACAUCGAGCGCACUUUAGGAAAGGGCAAUUUCGCGGUCGUGAAGCUGGCCCGCCACCGCAUAACCAAGACGGAGGUGGCCAUUAAGAUCAUCGACAAGACCCAGCUGGAUGCUGUCAACCUGGAGAAGACCUACAGAGAAGUUCAGAUCAUGAAAAUGCUGGACCACCCCCACAUUAUUAAGCUCUACCAGGUGAUGGAGACGAAGAACAUGCUUUAUUUAGUCACGGAGUAUGCCAAGAAUGGGGAGAUCUUCGACUAUCUGGCAAAGCAUGGUCGUCUCAGUGAACUCGAGGCCAGGAGGAAGUUUUGGCAGAUCCUGUCAGCAGUGGAGUAUUGUCACAACCGGAACAUCGUCCACAGAGACCUGAAGGCUGAGAAUCUGCUGCUGGAUGGCCAUAUGAACAUCAAGAUUGCAGAUUUUGGAUUUGGCAACUUUUUCCAGCCCGGGGAGCCUCUGGCCACAUGGUGUGGCAGCCCGCCCUAUGCUGCUCCAGAGGUCUUUGAGGGACAACAGUAUGAAGGCCCACAGCUGGACAUCUGGAGUAUGGGGGUGGUGCUUUAUGUGCUGGUGUGUGGUGCAUUGCCCUUUGAUGGGCCCACUCUGCCUGUGCUCCGGCAGAGAGUCCUAGAAGGAAGGUUUCGCAUCCCCUACUUCAUGACUGAAGAAUGUGAGCACCUGAUCCGCCGAAUGUUGGUCCUGGACCCGUCAAAGCGUCUCACUGUGGCCCAGAUAAAGGAACAUAAGUGGAUGACUCUGGAUGUUCCAAUACAGAGGCCAGUACUGUACCAACAGCCUCUGUCAUCUGAGGGUGAGGCGGGUGUAGGGGAAUACAGCGAACAGGUCCUCCGGUUGAUGCACAGCCUUGGUAUCGACCAGCACAAGACUAUAGAGUCUCUGCAGAACAAAAGCUACAACCACUUUGCUGCUAUCUAUUACCUGCUGGUGGAGCGGCUAAAGGCCCAUCGCUGCAGCUUCCCAGUCGAACAGAGGCUCGACGCCCGUCAGCGACGACCCAGCACCAUUGCCGAACAGACUGUCGUCAAGUCGACCAGUGUUUCUGCCCAGGUGGGUUUGCUCCAGCAGGGCGGUCGCUUGUUGCGUUCUCCUGCUGUGCCUCAAGCGUCCUCUGAUGCUUUCGCCUUCCCCCAGACUGCAUCUCCCCUGGAGCAGAAUUUCAUGGUGGAGGAUGUCAACACACCCAAAGUUAAUGGCUGCCUGCUGGACCCCCUACCUCCCCCCACUGUCCUGCGCAAGUCCUCCACCUCGUCGCCUAGCAACAUGAUGGAGACAUCUAUUGAUGAGGGCAUUGAGACUGAGGAGCCCGACACAGAGGAUGAGCCGCCUCACCUGUUCUCGGCCUAUCAGACAGCUCGAUUUGGCCAGCGGCGACACACCUUGUCUGAGGUCACCAAUCAGCCAGGGGCUUCGAACCAGGGUAAAUUAUUCACUUUAGGCCAAAACCCUUCCAUGGGUAGCGUGGACUCAGACAUUGGCUACGACAUGGGCUCCAUGCACAGCGAUCUUGGCCUGCUGGAGGAUCCCCCCUCUCUGAGUGAAGUGGUUCCGGCCAACAGCUCUCCCCCUGGGGUCACCCCUACGCCUUUCUUGAAUGCCAGGCCUGCCAAUCCAGCUAUGGCUGCCCUGACUUCCCAGCAUAGGGAGACACACAACCGUUCCCCAAUCAGCUUCAGAGAAGGGCGCCGGGCCUCCGAUACCUCCCUCACCCAAGGUCUGGUCGCAUUUCGGCAGCACCUCCAGAACUUGGCGAGGACCAAAGGCAUCCUGGAGCUAAACAAAGUCCAGAUGCUGGUGGAGCAGAUGGGCUCCGGGGAUGGGGCCACCAUGGACCCCCUGGGACCACAACACCACUUGCACAACCUCCUGGAGGGUGAGGCAUGCAAGCAACAGGAAGGCCUAGCUUUAUACCAAGGUGGGCCACCUCCACCUCUGCUAUCCCGCAGACAGAGUUUGGAGACACAGUACCUCACACACAGACUACAGAAGGCCAACGUCUUGGCUAACAGUCCUGCUAGCUGCCAACUUUUCUGUAAGGAGACUCCUCGAAGUUUAGAGCAACAGCUGCAGGAACACAGACUGCAUCAGAAGAGGAUGUUCCUGCAGCAGCAAUCACAGGGCAUGGGGCUGCAGGCCUACUUCAACCAGAUGCAGAUUGCUGAGUCUUUCCCAACAGGCAGCCCUCCGCUGGACCCAGCGGCAUGUCAAAGUUCCCCUCAGGGCUCCCCCAUGUCAGCCACCCACCAGCCUCCGGCCCAGCAGCAAGGCAGUCCUCAAGCCUCACCUCCCUUCAGCCACACCCUCAACCUGAGCCCUGUGAUGGAACCAGGCGAGGGCCUGACUUAUGAAGCCUACAUGAGUCAUCACCACUACACCCAACAUCUGCCUCCAGGAUCUCACCUCCACCACCAGCUCCACCAUCCUCAGUCUCAUGAAGCCGCUGCCAGCAACCUGUGCUUCAGCUACCCCACAGACUGUGAGCAGCAGGUCCUGGGGCCUUCCACUGAGGCUCUUCUGCCAGAGCAGUAUGAGUUCUCACUGGAUCCCACCUCCCUGCCCCCACCUGCUGGAGGAGAGGUUAAUUCUGGAGCUAUGGGUGGGGUUUUGGUUGCUUCAGGGCAGUCAGACAGCUUAGGCCUGCCUGAGCUGCAGGGCACCCUCUUGGACAGUGAGAUGAUGGAGACCGUGGACUCGCAGCACGGCUUUGUACUGGUCAACUAAAGCUAGCUGAGAGUCUUUACAGAAAGCAGUAUUAAGAAAUGAGAACCUACACAGCAUUGAGAGCAGAGAGAAUGGAGAUGUAAGUGGAGGCCAUAAGCGUAGCAACAGGGAAGGACGUGUUAAUUCUUGUGCAACUAAUACAGACUUCAUUUCUUAGUUGUGACGAACCUCGACCUUUCUACCAAAAUCCUCCCUUAACCUACCUCCCUUUCUCCCUCUACUCCUCUGUUCUCGUUCUCAUCAGCCCUGUGAGGCAGGAACAGGCCCAGUAUGUGGCACGGGGUGAGUUUCACCGUACUGACUCGGCGAGGCUGCUGUUGUCACGUACGUUGUCUGAGGACUGCGCUGUGCAGCCCGGGGUGGGGGAGGGGGGUGGAUGCCGCUCAACCUGGAGGCUGAUGGAGCGCAGCGAGUCACCUAGAAUGGUUUGGAAGCGAACUCAUUUAGGACCGACCGAGUGGCAACCAAAAGCACAACGGCUGGCAGUGCUUUUUGUAUUUAAAAUAGGACACCAUCAACAACAAUAGACUGGUUCCCAAAACACUUUGAGACUUUUUUUUUUUCCUUCUAAGAAUCUGGUAGAUUUUUUUUUUUUUAUAAAAAAAGGACAAGAGAAAAUGGCCCUCAUUUAUCACGGUACCAUGAAUAUCCCCACAAGGUGUUUUUGUUUAUUUUUUAGCAGUUGUAGAAGUUAUUUAAACACUAAUGUUCAGAGCCCAGUGUGACUCUGAUGCAUAGCCUUCAACACUAGCAUUAUACAUUAACUCCUCAGAAAAACUAGCGGUAGCUUGUUUGUCAUUUGCCUAAACACAUACCCUAAACCUGCUACAGUUGUACUUUUAACCAUGUCUCUGAGUUAUUACCUGGGUUGACUAAUGAGAAUAUUAGUGUAAGCUAUGUGUGAUACGUAAGUUCUAUGUAAGCUCUUUGUAACUACUGAACCUGAUUUCUCUCACACUACUGAACUGCUUUUUCAUCUUUCCAUUCAGCUGCACACAGUUGCCAGCUCCAGGUUUUAUUAUACUGAUGGAAGAGAAACCGCCAGUUUUUGCAGGCGUAAUAGCUACACCUCUGUUUAACAGUUGAAUUGUGGGUGAUGUUUGCGUGAUAAAUGAGGGCUGACGUAAUUAACACAUUAGGAUCGAGAAGUUGCGAUGUGAAACAGUCAAUAUUACUCUGAUUUUUGUUUUUUUGUGGCAAUACUGAAGCAAUAUUAAUCCUUAAUAUGUAGGGGAUUUGUGAAAGAAAAAGCCUCACCAGUGAUUGGUUCCUGGGGACCUCUUUGUCGUCAGAAGUGACAUCACUUGAGCCGUUGACGUAACCAGGAGAUAAUCUCUUGGUCAUUUUCCGCGAAAGUGCAGGGACAAGCUUGGAAACAGCUGUAUGGGCGGUACUGUGCAAAAGUUUUAGGCUCUAAAAAUAAAGUGAGGUUGCUUUUAACGAUUACACCAUCGGGUUUGAGCACCCUUUGCCUUUAAAACGGAACCAGUUCUCUUUGGUACACUUGCACGCAUUCUUUCGAGGUACUUGGCAGGUAGGGUUGUUGCAAGAGAACUUCAUGACUCUUUAUGUCAGACUGAUUCAGUGAUGGUGAUCAGUGCCACCCUGCUUUUUCCUAAAACCUUUGCACAGUACUGUGUGUGUGCGUGUGUGUGUGUGUGUGUGUGUGCCUGCGUGUGUGUGUGUGUUUGUACAAUUCAGAAUUCAUAUUUUUCACAGCAUUUGUUAUCAUUGCUGAAAUAGACAAACACUGUAUUGAUGGCUUUAUUUAGAAUAACACAGUGCAGUAGUAGCUUUUAGAUUAAUUCUGGUUUACAUCCUUAAUGCUCCAGUCAUGCCUCUGUCCUGUUUUUAAUAAUGGAUUAUGUUUAUAAUGAUGAAACAACCCCUGAAAGAUCCCCUGCAUUAGAUUUCAUAAAAGAAUGUUUUCUCUCUUACGCUACGGCUUCUGUUAGCUGAAGACCAGCAGAACAUCAGUCAGCACACACUGGAUCUUGACUGUUGGCUCACCACCACUCUGACAGCAAGCCAGCAACAAGAUGAGAUUUUUUUUUUUUUUCCUUCCCACAGCACUAAGACUGUGUUCAAUCUACUUGAAAAACACAGACACAUCUUCUCUGACAGAUGAUAGAUAUGCUGAUUUUUAGAAAAAUGAUAAUAAGACUGUGACCACCUACUAGACUGUCACUUUCAGCGGUCACAUGAGUUAAACUGUAGGAGUGCUUGUAGUAAGAUUAGCCUUCGAGGCAGUUCCCCCUCACUUUGUAGACUGCGCUGACAGCCCCGGCAAGUUCACAAUCAGGCGCUGGAGUAAAGAAGUUGGUUUGAUAGUUAAUAGUUUUCAGUGAAGGGAAAAUAAUGUGGACCAAGUGGGGCUGCAGUGCUGGGUAAGACCUAAAGGAAAAUCCAUCCUAAAAUGUUUGUUCCACAACAGAUUAUCUGUAAUUAAUAAUGAAACAAUCUGCUGAUUAUUUGGUUUAUCAGCUAGUUGUUUGGUCUGUUGAGUGGCAGUAGAAAAUGCUCAUCCUGCUUUUAAUAUCAGGACCCAGCUCAUUGAUUUGUCUGACCAAAAGUCCAAAACCCAAAUACUAGUGAGGUUUUUCCCGACAGUGAUGUUAACCUGUCACGUGACAAUCAUGGUGACAAUGUAGGGUCAAGUGAAUAAGGUACCAGUCACACAGGCCUAGAGACCAGUCAGUCAGUGAGCUUUUGGCAACCACCAUUUGCUGGGGGAAAAUAUGUAUUCCCCAGAUGGUUGACAAGUGGUUGAUCAGUGUCUGCAGUAAACCUCAGUAGGUCAACUCGCUGUCACAGAAGACUAAAAAGGUUUGCAAAUUUCUUUGACUCUGUGGUUCCCAAAAUAAUUUGUUCUAAAAUCACAGAACUUUGCUGUCUCAUUAAAAGGAGAGCACCACUGAUGUGAACAAGCCUUAUUCCCUCUCACAUUUUGUUUUGGCUAGUAGAGGCUCUGAUAGGACUGUGACACAGCACUCACGAAGUCACGUCUCUCAAGUUGUAACAACCUGUUCUUGCUGCUAGGUAGCUUGGUUUAUCAGCCUGUGAGGAGAAAUACGAGCUGCUCCACAUCAUCAAGCGAUGCCGAGACUAGACUAAAUAAACUGGUGUAAGUUAGGAUUGGGGUCCUUGGAAGGAGGCUCUGGCCUCAAAAUUUUCGAGAAUCCCUUACUUGAAUAAUAAUGUUGAACAUGUAGAUGUUGCCUCUAUAGCAUACACUGUAGUCAGGUUCUGAUACUGGUCCCUCAGGAUUUAAGCGAUACAGGUUAGUCACCGUUUUGCACUCACAUUUAACAGUCAAAUGAGCAGAGAUAUCCGCUCCAGAAACGGCCUCAAUAGGCCGGACCUGUUGCAAAACAAGUCUUGCGAUUGCAACAAUAGUUCCACCCUUAACUUUACAAACUAGUCAGCGAGCUGGAUAUGUUUAUUGUGUUAUCUGCCCACAUUUAUUGACACAAAUAAGGUCACACCCAGUUUGUGGGUCAUGUUGAAAAUGUCCUUUAGAAAGAAUGAAGUGAGUGAAGUUUGUUUGUGAUGAAAUAAUUAUUCUGAGGUUUGAAGAGCUUAGAUUGUUAAUAUUGGUGGUGCAAGAGCAUUAAAGGAUGGAUUUUGCCUCGAAGCAAAUAUUGCGAUUGUUUUUCAUUUGGCUACAGGAUGAUCUGUGGAAGUUAAAAUACUGGAGCACUUUGACAACAAGGGGAAGAAGAGCUGUAGUGAGAGAGGAGGAGAUGAUUGCAGCGGCGGUGGAAGAGGUUCAUGUUUUUUUUUUUUUUUGCUCUGCAGAUGAAAACGAACCGCAAUCUGUAGGAAACACCUUUUUCUCCGCUCUCUUCCCCACCAAUAAUGGAAACAAAACAAACAAAAAAAAAUGCUUUCAAAGAAAGACCUGAUGUUAGUAACACUUUAUUCAAUUGUUUUUAAUUCAAGAAAAAGCAACACUUUUCAGUUUAUUAUGAUGAGUGUUCUGUGUACAGAUUUAGGGGUGUAAUGAAUCUUCGGUGCACGGUCAGGUUGCUCCGAGGUGAAUUUUGUGUUGAACGUGAAUAGUGUUCAGUGUGCCUUUUACUUUUUCGUAUUUUCAGUCUAAAUUGAUUUUUGAAUAGCACCAAUAGUUCCUGUUGGAUCCUUUUUAUUUUUCAAUGAUUACUUCUUUCUUUUCUGUGUUAUCUUUUUUUUUUUCUUUUCUUUUCUGAAAGUAAGUAGAGCCAGGUUUUACAAAGGUACAAAACCAAAGUCGCUCAGAAGUUUCCCUGUACGACCCACCAUGUGGAGUUUUGGAGCUUCUCGGUGAGCUUCUCUACCGUGCUUUUUUUUUUUUUUUCUUAUUGGUCAAUCAGUGUAUGCCAUUUAAAAGUAUUAUAGCAAUAUUUCUCUAGUGGAAGACUACAGUCAUGAAGAUUCUAGUUGAUGUGUUUCCAAGUAUAAUUUCACCUCCUGCUGACAACAAAAAAAAACAAAAACAAAUCUAUCAAUAGAAAUCCAGUUUUAUAUUUACCUUCAUUGAUGUUGACCACACAUAAGCUAACUUGCUGUUGAGAUUAAAAAGGUUUAUUGAAC